AUGCCACUUACCUGCCAAUAUUCCUCUACAUCCUUCUCGCGCCGAGCCAAUUUAAAUCUUUACAUCGCUGAAGUCCAUGACGGUGGCUUUAUUACUGCAAGUAUUGCAAUGAAUCCUUCUCACAGCGUAGCUACAUGA